AUGCACAUUGCUGAAGACUGGUACGACAGUGUGAAGGAAGAUUUUGUGAACAGCGCUGUUGUUGAUAUGGGUGAUCAAGUAGGUUUGGCUGAUAAAAUGAACACGGCUGUGAAUGCUCUGUCUGGAGGCAUGAAGAGGAAAUUGUCUCUUGGAAUUGCACUGAUAGGAAAUAGUAAGGUUAUAAUUUUGGAUGAACCGACUAGUGGAAUGGAUCCGUACUCUAUGCGCUUGACAUGGCAAUUAAUAAAAAAGAUUAGAAAGGGCAGGAUAGUAUUAUUGACAACACACUCAAUGGAUGAAGCAGAAGUACUUGGAGAUCGUAUAGCUAUCAUGGCCAAUGGUUCUUUGAAAUGCUGUGGAAGCAUAGUACGGGGUGGUUAUACUCUAACUUUAGUGAAGUCUGCACCCACUGCCUCUGUUGCUGCUGACAUUGUUUUCCGCCAUAUCCCAUCAGCAACAUGUGUGAGUGAGGUUGGAACUGAGAUUUCGUUUAAGCUUCCUUUGGCAUCCUCGUCGUCCUUUGAAAGUAUGUUUAGGGAAAUUGAGAGUUGCAUGAAAAGACCCAUGUCCAACUUAGAAACAAGUUCUGGUGAGGACUAUUUGGGCAUUGAAAGUUAUGGUAUUUCUGUUACAACUUUGGAGGAGGUAUUCCUGAGGGUUGCGGGGUGCGACUAUGUUGAAGCUGCUUGUUUUAACCAGAAGACUGAUCUAGGGCUUCCUGAUUCUGUAAUUUGUCAGACUACUCAUGAUCCUGUGCCCAAAAAGAUCUUUCACUCAAAAAAAUCUUUUGGAUAUUAUAAGGAGAUUCUUGGGGUCUUAUUUACAAUAGUGGGAAGAGCUUGUGGUUUGAUUUUUGCUACAGUUUUAAGUUUCUUAAACUUCAUUGGUGUGCAAUGUUGUUGCUGUGGUAUCAUUUCAAGGUCAACGUUUUGGCGACAUUCUAAAGCAUUGUUCAUAAAGAGGGCAAUAUCUGCUCGCAGAGACCGGAAAACAAUUGUUUUCCAGCUUGUUAUUCCUGCAGUUUUCUUAUUUUUUGGUCUUCUAUUUCUCAAGCUCAAGCCACAUCCUGAUCAACCGUCUGUUACAUUUACAACUUCGCAUUUUAAUCCAUUAUUACGUGGUGGUGGUGGUGGUCCAAUCCCUUUUGAUUUAUCCCGGCCUAUUGCAAAGGAGGUUGCACAGUACAUUGAAGGGGGUUGGAUACAAAACUUUAAACCUAGUGCAUAUAAAUUCCCUAAUGCAGAGAAGGCAUUGGAUGAUGCAAUUGAGGCAGCAGGGCCAACCCUGGGACCUGUUUUACUUUCAAUGAGCGAAUUUUUAAUGUCUAGCUUUAAUGAAUCUUACCAGUCAAGGUAUGGGGCAAUUGUGAUGGAUGAUCAGAAUGAUGAUGGAAGUUUAGGGUACACUGUGCUACACAACAGUUCCUGUCAGCAUGCUGCCCCAACAUUUAUCAAUUUAAUGAAUGCUGCAAUUCUUAGGCUUGCUGCUCAUAAUAAGAAUAUGACAAUUCAAACACGUAAUCACCCUCUGCCAAUGACAAAAAGCCAACAUCUGCAACACCAUGAUUUGGAUGCAUUCUCUGCUGCAGUUAUUGUUAGUAUUGCCUUCUCCUUCAUUCCUGCGUCAUUUGCUGUUGCUAUUGUGAAGGAACGUGAAGUAAAAGCUAAACACCAACAACUGAUUAGUGGGGUUUCUAUACUUUCAUACUGGGCUUCUACUUACAUAUGGGACUUCAUCAGCUUCCUAUUUCCCUCAUCUUUUGCAAUAAUUCUUUUUUACAUCUUUGGUCUGGAGCAGUUUAUUGGGAGUGGAUGUUUAUUGUCGACAGUAAUCAUGUUUUUAGCGUAUGGAUUAGCGAUUGCAUCAACAACAUAUUGCCUUACAUUUUUCUUUUCUGACCACACUAUGGCUCAGAAUGUGGUUCUCUUGGUCCACUUUUUCACGGGACUGAUUCUUAUGGUUAUCUCAUUCAUUAUGGGGCUUAUAAAGACGACAUCAAGUGCAAAUUCUUUUCUCAAGAACUUUUUCAGAUUAUCUCCGGGGUUUUGCUUUGCUGAUGGACUCGCUUCACUGGCUCUUCUACGGCAAGAUAUGAAAGAUAAAUCUAGCAAUGAGGCCUUUGAUUGGAAUGUUACUGGUGGCUCAAUUUGCUAUCUUGGUAUUGAGAGCAUUUUCUACUUCCUUUUGACACUUGGGCUUGAACAUUUGCCUUAUAAAAAAUUGACACUAGCCACGCUGAAGGAAUGGUGGAAGAGUAUUAAAAGUACCCGUCAAGGCAGUUCGAGUUAUCUAGAACCCCUUCUGAAAUCUUCCUCAGAAGUUAUCACUCAUGAACUUGAUGAAGACAUAGAUGUGAAGACGGAAAGAACUAGGGUACUUUCAGGUUCCAUUGACAAUGCCAUAAUCUACUUGCGGAAUCUUUGGAAGGUGUAUCCUGGAGGAAAGCUUUAUGGUCCAAAAAUAGCAGUAAAUUCAUUGACUUUUGCAGUUCAAGAAGGAGAAUGUUUUGGUUUCUUAGGAACGAAUGGAGCUGGAAAGACCACAACUCUGUCAAUGCUGACUGGAGAGGAAUUUCCAACUGAUGGGACUGCUUGUAUAUUUGGCAAGGAUAUAUGCUCUAAUCCCAAGGCUGCUCGUCGACAUAUUGGGUUUUGUCCACAGUUCGAUGCUUUGUUAGAAUUUUUAACUGUUCAAGAGCAUCUUGAGCUUUAUGCCACAAUAAAGGGAGUACCAGAUUACCAGAUAGAUGAUGUUGUAAUGGAAAAGUUAGUGGAGUUUGACUUGUUAAAGCAUGCCAACAAACCAUCAUUUUCCCUCAGUGGGGGAAACAAGCGUAAAUUAUCUGUUGCAAUUGCGAUGAUUGGAGAUCCUCCUAUAGUCAUUCUGGAUGAGCCAUCAACAGGUAUGGAUCCAAUUGCCAAAAGAUUCAUGUGGGAAGUGAUAUCUCGUCUCUCAACCAGACGAGGAAAGACAGCAGUAAUACUUACUACUCAUAGUAUGAAUGAAGCUCAAGCCCUUUGCACCCGUAUGGGAAUAAUGGUUGGAGGCCGAUUAAGAUGCAUUGGUAGUCCCCAGCAUUUGAAAACACGGUUUGGAAAUCAUCUUGAGCUAGAGGUUAAACCUUUUGAAGUCAGCUCUGGGGACUUGGAAAAUCUUUGCCGAGUUAUUCAAGAAAGACUUUCAUAUGUUCCUUCUCAUCCUAGGAGCUUACUUGAUGGCUUCGAAGUUUGCAUUGGGGCCAUUGACUCCAUUGUGGCUGAAAAUGCAUCAGUGGCAGAGAUUAGCUUGUCACGGGAAAUGAUAAUCAUUAUUGGACGAUGGCUUGGCAAUGAAGAAAGAAUAAAGUCACUUAUAUCUUCAGUGCCACUUUCUGAUGGCGUGAUUGGUGAACAGUUAGCUGAGCAGUUGGUUCGAGAUGGCGGAAUACCUUUGCCAAUAUUUUCUGAGUGGUGGUUGUCCAAUGAAAAGUUUUCAGCAAUUGAUUCAUUUGUCUUCUCAUCAUUUCCCGGUGCAAUAUUCCAAGGCUUCAAUGGCCUGAGUGCUAAAUAUCAGUUGCCGUACGGACAGGGCCUCUCACUUGCAGAUGUCUUUGGACACCUCGAACGGAACAGGUGA